CGCUGCAUGUGUUGGAACAGUGGUGGUGUAGUAGGAUAGUAAAGGAGCUAGAGGUGUGUGCUGGGAUUCGGUCUGGAUUUUACUGACAGUGAUCUGAUCUUCAUGUAAGCUUUGCUCCUAAGCACAAUCAGACCACAAUGGAGGAGCAACAGGUGCUCCAAAAGUUCAACUGGUACUGCGGGGUGAACAACACAGUGACCCUGGACAACUUCACCUGGGAUCUAAGCCACACCCUCUACAAUACCUGCUUCACCGAUCUCGUCUACACCGUGCCGCAUCUUCUCUUCAUCCUCCUCUCCGUCUUGGUGCUGUUCAUCCUCGGAUGCUGCACAAGAAUUCGCAAGGAGAAAUACCAGUACCUCAUCCAGUACCCAGGACACAACGUCCGAUGGAUCAUCAACUUCGCCUUCUUUUCGUUUCUCCUCUGCCAGGUUGGCGAGAGCAUUUUGACGGAUGUGUCCGUCUACUACAACGAGGCUACAAGACCUCACCUCUACAUUCCGGCGUUAUCGGUCUUUCUCGCAGCUAUUCUGAACAUGCUGUACUACACACAGAUGGAGGUGUGGAGUCGCAGACACAUGUCUUGGCUGCUACUGAUCUACUGGGUCGGAGCUCUGGGCGGUGAAGUUACUCGCUUUCUUCAUUUUUACAACGAGUUUCGAGGGGUUGAUUACACUAUUUUGAGAGUUGACCUCAACAUGGCCGCCAUGGGAUUUUAUUUCCUGUUCCUUCUACUGGAGCUUAAUGUCAUUCGAGUGAAGAUUUUCUCGUGUUGUACGGAAGAGGAAGGCUUCCCUGAGGAUCUGAUGAAGGAAGACAUGCGUUACAUACAGGGCUACUCAAGUCUCUUCUCCUCUGCAUUCUUCUUGUGGAUGAACUGGAUCUUUAAGAAAGGAUACAAGGGCACUCUGGAGAUGGCUGAUCUGGGGAGUCUGUCUGAGGUCCACACCACCAAAUACCAGAGGGACAGGUUCUCUGCUGCUCUCGAAAAGGAACAGGCAAGAGCAAAGAAGAACAAGAAACCCCUGAGCCUCUACCGUGUGUACGCGAGGGCGUUCGGUGCUCGCAUCGCCCUGGGUGGUCUGGUCAAGUUCUGCGGGGAUGCCUCUACGUUUGUCCCGCCCCUCGCGCUUUCCGGUGCCAUAAAGUAUGUUACUGCUGUCUUCUAUGCUGACGGAUCCACAAUGUAUGAGUAUACCUCGUACAUCACUGUAGCCGACUUCUUGAAGAAUGGCUUUGUGCUGAUUCUCAUUAUGUUCUGGUCCAACAUCGUCAAGCUGUUAUCACAACAGGGCCAUUAUCACAUCGUCAUCACGGAGUCUGCUCACAUCAAAGUUGCUUUUCAGGCGGCUAUUUAUGACAAGUCACUGCGUCUGUCCAGCUACACCAUGACCGGUGGCGCCAUGACGAUGGGUCAAAUCACCAAUCAUAUGUCGGUAGAUACAACAAACAUCCUCAAUUCAACGCAGUGGGUCCACUAUGUCUGGUCAAUCCCUUUUGUGAUUUCAGGGUACAUGGUUAUUCUGUACUCGGAGCUCGGUGUAGCAUCCCUCAUUGGCUCUCUUAUCUUCUUCAUUACCAUACCGCUUCAAGUCAUUAUCGCGAGACAGACAGCCAAGUACCAGAAGAUUGCCAUGGCCAAAUCUGAUGAGCGACUGAAGAGGACCAAUGAGCUUCUUCAAGGCAUCAAGUUGAUCAAGCUGUACGGAUGGGAAGAUAUCUUCUACAAAGCCAUCAGCAAAGUACGAGCUCUGGAGAUUCUGACCAUGAUGAAGCAGAUGGGAUGGAGGGUGGUACUAAUGACCAUCACUUCUGCCAGUCCAUUGUUAGUGACUCUAGUGUCCUACAGUCUGUACACCAAGCUGACGGGCAAACCCCUGACCCCCGAUGUCGCCUUCGCUGCCCUGGCCGUCUUCAGUCAGAUGACCCUCCCGCUGUACCUGAUGCCCAACGUCUUCAUCUUCCACAUCAACGCUAUCGUCAGUACCGGGCGCCUCAGGGCAUUCUUUGAAGCUCCAGAGAUUGAGAAGCCCAGCUAUGGCAAUGGUCAAGAUGGCGUGCGUAUGGAUGGGACUAUAAAUCGUGAGGUUGCUAUCCGACAGCCGAGACGAAACGGAAAUGGACAUGAGGACAGACACAGAUUGCUGUCUGACGACGGCAAUGAUUACGACGAUGCGUUCGCUGGAGUGCCCUACACAAUGUCGCCCUCACAGUCUGUCAUGCCGGACCACCUUGCGUUGAGGAUGAGAGGGAAUUUCAUCUGGGACAAUACAGCCAAUACGCCUACUCUAAGGAACAUUGAUCUGGACAUCGAAGCAGGAAAGUUGACCAUGAUCGUUGGUCAGGUUGGGUCUGGGAAGUCAUCCCUGCUGUCGGCCAUUCUUGGUGAAAUGACAACUAUGUCUGGUGGAGUGCAGUGGAAUGAGAGUUACCACACUGUUGCCUUCGGAGCUCAGAAAGCCUGGCUGCUGAAUGCUUCCCUGAAGGAUAAUAUUGUAUUUGACAAUGUGUACAACAAUGCGAGGUACAAGACGGUGAUAGCUUCUUGCUCUCUGCAGCCAGACAUCGACAUUUUGCCAGGAGGUGACCAGACCGAGAUUGGAGAGAAAGGAAUCAACUUGAGUGGUGGUCAGAAACAACGAGUCAGCGUCGGUAGAGCCAUGUAUAGCUACAAUGAUGUGGUCAUCCUGGAUGAUCCCCUCUCAGCCCUUGACAUGCACGUUGGAGCUCACCUCUUCAAGGAAGGCAUCGAGGGAUUCUUGAUGAGAAAAAGCAAACGUACCGUCGUCCUGGUCACUCAUCAGACGCAGUACGCAGAGAAAGCAGACAAGAUUGUGUACAUGAAAGAUGGCUGCAUCCUCCAUCAGGGAACCCUGGAGGAUAUCCGAGAUGAGAACCCAGAGCUCGUUGCCAACUGGAGAGCCACGGAGAGUGAGAUGAUAGAGUCCGAAUCAGAGCUGUCCGCAGCCGAGGAUGUGAAACAAGAACGAGCUAAACUAAUACGUCAAUGCUCCGUCAAGUUGGAGGAAGAAAAGAAGCUUGAACAAGCCGACUCAAACAGCGGCCGCCUUGUCGAGAAAGAAGAACGAGCUGAGGGGUCAGUCUCCUGGAAAGUGUACGCCUCAUACAUUAAAGCCAUAGGCUACUGGAUUUUUGUCGUUCAGCUCUUGCUGAUGUUUGGCAAGAAUGGCGUCGGCAUAGCAACGAACUAUUGGCUCUCGGCUUGGUCUGAAGAAGGGAAUAAUCUGACUCUAUCAAAUGCAUCCCAGGCGGAACUGAUGGCCUCACUGGACCAUUACUUGGGCGGAUACGCCGGCCUGUCCAUCGUUACCAUCGUUACCAGCACUGUUUCCUCAACACUCAUCUCUAUUGCAUCCCUGUUUGCAGCCAAGAACCUUCAUAAUAGUAUGCUACAAAGGGUCAUUAGUGCUCCUAUGAGGUUCUUUGAUACUACACCAAUUGGACGAGUCUUGAAUCGAUUCUCCUCUGACACAUCCACCAUUGAUCAGAGACUCGGUGCAACGAUGAGUGGAUUUUUAAGUUUCACCAUCAGCUGCGCCGCUGCUGUGCUGGUGAAUGCCAUCAUCACCUGGUACUUCAUUAUUGCACUCACUCCUGUCUUCUUCCUGUAUGUACUGCUCAUGAAGGUCUUCAUUGCUACAUCAAGAGAUAUUCAACGUCUAGACAGCAUCAGCAAGUCUCCAGUCUACGCUCAUUUCUCUGAGUCACUUGGAGGGUUGUCAACCAUCAGGGCAUAUCAGCAGGAGAAACGCUUUCAAGGUGCCAUUAUCAAGAAGAUUGAGUGUAGUAACCUGACCUUUAUGUAUCUGAACACGGGCAACAGAUGGCUGGGAACCAGACUGGACCUGAUCGGUGCCUCCAUCGUGUUACUCGCUGGAAUGUCAACUAUGAUCACUGCGUUGACCACUGGUACUCUGCAGCCAAGUCUGGUUGGUCUGGCCAUAACCUACGCCCUCAGCAUCUCUGGAAUGUUGAACUGGGUGAUUCGUAUGUCCGCUGAUCUAGAGAUGCAGAUGAAUGCAAUGGAGAGAGUAGAGUAUUAUAAAUCUAUUGAGACAGAGAAUUAUGACGGUAUCGUUAAUCCAGGUCCUGAUUGGCCAGAUAAGGGUGAGAUUGUUUACAGCGGUGUCUCGGCACGCUACGCUUCGGACCUGGACCCUGUCCUCCAUGAUAUCGAUAUUCACUUCAAAUCUGCAGAAAAGAUUGGUAUUUGUGGUCGGACUGGCAGCGGUAAAUCCUCCCUUACUCUGACUCUCUUCAGAAUUAUUCAGACAUUCAAAGGGAGGAUCAUGGUGGAUGGAACAAACAUUGCUCAUCUACCCUUAGCAGAAGUCAGACGUCGCUUUGCUAUCAUCCCUCAGGACCCUGUGCUCUUCAAUGGUACGAUCAGGUUUAAUCUGGAUGCGAGGGGUGAGCAUGAUGAUGAUGCAUUAUGGGAAUCUCUUGAGAUCGCCCAGCUGAAAGGCGUUGUGUCGGAUCUGGAUCUCAAACUGGAUGCGAUGGUGACUGAAGGAGGAGAGAAUUUCAGCGUUGGUCAGAGGCAGCUCUUCUGCUUGGCUCGUGCCUUCUUGAGGAAGACUCGCAUUCUUGUCAUGGACGAGGCCACUGCAUCCAUUGACUUGGAAACGGAUGCUAUUCUUCAAGAAGUUGUUGCUCGUGCCUUCAAGGAGAGGACCAUCCUCACCAUAGCGCAUCGUGUGCAGACUAUCCUGGACUCUGAUCACAUCCUGGUGCUGAAUGAGGGUCGGAUAGCGGAGUACGACACCCCACAGAACCUUCUAGCUCAAGAGGACAGCAUCUUUGCCUCCCUGGUCAAGGCUGGUACUUAGAAAACACAAGCACAAAUAAAAGUAGGAUUCAAACUGCCUCUAGCUACCGGGCCAUCCCGGUGGUCUAGUUGAUAUGACACUGCUCUAGAACUGC